UAUAAAGCCUUUAAAUACAAGAUACUCGCGUAGUUUUACACAAAUGGAUGGCAGAAAUAACUUAUUUAAUAACAAAUUAGUUUGAUAUUACGAUUUUGUACACGCCAUGUUUGGUAGAUUCCUAAAACGUUUCCUGAUUAUGGAUUUCACUAUGUGCUUCCAGAAGAAAUUUAUGUGUUUUUUGAUGGUGGUCUGUUCGGUACACAGCCUGCAGUUAGAUAGCCAAGCAUCGACACGACGACCCAGGAUUACGAAAUACAGCAAAACUACUAUAACUCCAGGAUCAACGGAAGCACCAACCGAACGGAGCCUCUUGACAGCAACCUACCGUCUUCAAGGAAGUGGAGGGGAGACAUGCAUUUUACUGGUUGUGGACGCUUUACUUGACAUCUCUUACAUGACCAAACUUAAUGAGCGCGCUGACGCCAACACUUUUGUGCCUAAUAACGCUGUUGCUAGUGGAUCCUGCAAGGAUAGUGAUUUGGAAACAUUGGUCCUUUCGUUCAAGGAGUUCGGAUUGGAAUGGACUUUUGCUAAGACCCCAGGUGGAGAACGCUGGUACGUGGACAGCAUCAGACUAACUUACAACUCCAGCGCACGAAUCCUCGAACACGCGGCCAAGCAGGGUCGUAGAGUCACAUUGUCUACUGGCCCUCGAGCGCUGCUUUUCCCCACACCUGUUGGCAAAUCCUUUGACUGCCCUGACGAAUCUAUUGUGGAGUUGGUUGAGGAGGAUGCUGGAAACCCCAACACAGCGCAUCGUGCUAAACUCUACCUUCGUCAGAUGCGUCUUCAGCCAUUUAUGUUUCGUCGUGAUGGUCAGUUUGGUCCUCCUUGGAAGUGCUCUGAUGCCAACCGAACCAGAUCCGAAACAGCACCAGUCGCGGUCGGCUCCGCACUGGCUAUAGCGACCGCCGGCACCCUCAUAGGCUAUGCAAUCUGGCGGUAUUUGAAGGUUAAAAAAGUACAAUACGACACUAUGGAAUGAAGGGGUUGAAUGCGUUCUGAAUUUAAAUCUUACUGUCUAUGGGUUUAUGGUUUUAAAUUCUAUAUCUUUGUCUGUGUCGCAUGUGCUGUCGAAAGGCCUUGACCUGCCCAGCCGAAAAAUUAUAAUUCGUCUGUGUGGUCAGUUUGAAUAUUUAAAAAGGGCCAGAGCCUAAGAGGUUAUAUUUUAAUUGAAUAUCAAAUCUCUUAUUAGGUAUAUUUGGUAUUUGAUUAAUCCUAUUUUACAGGGUUGUGAUACCUCAAUAAUGGAGUGAGAAUGCUUUUAUAUGGUUCUGGAGCCUUAAAAAUAUUACUCUUUCCAGGCGUGUGGUACAUUAAAAUAAUUUAAUUUUUCUUUUUUAAAUUCCCUGACAGAAUUCCGGGAUAUUCCUUGUUCAGAACGCAUUUAAAUUAUAAACGUCCCAGUGUAGCGAAUUGUAGAGUCCCACGCAGUAUUGAUAACGAAAUAAGGCACACGACAUGAUAUCUAUGCACAAUGUACAGUUUUCCAAAUAUUCACUUACGGCACUGACUGUACAAAACUAUUAUAGGUGUUAGUCAAACUAAACUAAAUUUAGUCAGUUUAGUUUAGUCCAUUAACGCGUCGUAUCAAUAGUCCCAUGUUAUUGUUGAAAGUUGAUAAUGUUAUUCGUGACAAACGUAGAAUCACGAAAGUUUGAUGAAUUCGGUAGUUAUGGACAAUGCCAGUUAAAAUAAACUAAAAUUGUAGCUUAUGCUACGUUUCAGUUUAGUUUAGUUCAAAGUCCAGCUGAAUUGACAUAGCGGUUUUAAUGUUUCAUCAAGAGAUAUAUAGUUGUUUAAAGUUGUUGAUGGUUGAUAAUAAUGUAUAAAUGUAUUUAAUCGCCAUAUUAUUCUAGGUGUCACCCAAAACUCGGCGUACUAAGAUUCAGAUUGUCAAAGCAUUUUGACAGAUGUCAGAGUUAGCGCGUGCUUAGAGUGCCCCUCUGUCUCUUGUAUUUGAAUCUUACGUGUGCUUUUUCUGAGAAAUAAGAAUAAAAUCUAUGUAUGCAAAUCUAAUAGUUUUAACCGAAAUGCGAAUUUUUCAGAAAAAGUACAUACUGAGUAUUGGGUGUUAAUUUUACUAACAUAUGUACUCCAAAGAAACUCUUAGAAUAGGUUAUCUCGUUUGUUUUUAAGGGGUAUAUAAAAAAAAUCCCUAUAGGGUGAGGAGAUAGAGAUCGAUAAAAUUCUCUGUUUAAUAAGUGUGUUAAGUAUGUUAGUAAUUAUUUGUGCGCCUAACAUUUUAUGGAUAUAAUCAGCGAGUGAGUAUUAUCCUUGUGUACAAAACGCAAAUUAAAGAAACUGUCAUGUUGCACAAAGCAUUCGUAGUGAUCUGUGGAAAUACCAAAAAUAGGUACAUACUUUCUAGAUUUAUAAAACUGGUUAAGUCUUUAUAAGAAGACCGAUUGAUCAAUGCUGUCAUAGCACCAAUUAGAUGUAAUUUUAAUUAAUUGAUCGAAAUGUGUGUGAAAUGGCCGAAAGAUUAAAAUAUUUUGAUCGAAAUUGAGCAUAAGAGGAAGGUACUGAAGAAAUGUUUGUGAAUAUUGAGUCUCUAGAAAGUAAAUUCAAUAAAAUAAUGCAGUAGAUAGAUUACAAAACUUAGCUCCAUGAAAAGUAGUUUCUGUGUUAUUACUAUCGUGUAUAUUUUAGACUAUAAACAUAUCACAAGAUAAUAAAUAUACUUUAUAAUUUAAUCAUUUUAUGUAGAUAUUAUUGAAGGUAAGUAUAUAUAAUUUUUUAUCAAUUGUUUGCGGUAUAGUAAACACUGAUAGUACGUGUACAAGCAAUAAUACUUUUUUAUUCGACGCCGUCGUUGCGACAAAAUGGCUGAAUCGAUGUUGUAUUGUGCGCAAAACUUGGCUAAACUAGUGUAUAGUUAAUUAUAGUUUAAAUAUUUAAUAGCUGGUGAUAUUUUUCUAGAGUUAAUUAGUUGUAUUAUGCCUAGAUUAAGUGUGUUAUUGUAUAAUCUUUUAUUCUUCUAAUUCAAAUUUCUACCGUUUUGCUUACAUUUAUUUCGAAAAGAAAUUUUGCUAUCCAAACUAUCUUACUUAGAAUAUAUUUUGAAAUCUUUUUGCAAGUUUACAUUCUAACAUGCCUAAUCUAAUUUUAUCUACCUCUUACUUCCAAAUUUUUGUAUCACUUUACUCUCUUUAUGUACAGAAUUGAUGUUCCAUGUAAGUAAGACCUAAGAAACGAAAUCAGCCUAAAUCAGUCUUGGUAUGUAAACACAAUUUUGAACGAAUGAGCAGAUAUAAUGUAUGUUAGUUUUUGAAGAAAGGUUUUACAUGUAACAUCAAAUAUAUUUUUAUGACUAUACGAUUUAAGGGUGAAAUUGAAAUAUUUACCCAAAAUGUGUAAGUAAAUAAGUUAUAACAGAUUUAAGUAUAUAAACACUAGUACCAAGUUUUGCUAGUUAAGGUUUGCUGUGUGUAACGCUUAAUUGUGAAGGUUAUUUCUUUAAUACAUUAUACUCACCAAUUACUCUAACAUAUCGUUUAACCAUACUAGUUAUAAGUUAUAUAUUGAUCGCUGUUCGAUCAUGUUUAGUUAGUGUUCUGUUGUACACAAACUAACUAAAAAUAAACGUUUUUAGUUCUAGUUUUGUACAACAUUUAAUAUAUCUUAAUCUUAAUCGCUUAGUGCUGUAUAAAGCUUUCGUUUUUGAAUCUCUCGCUUUUGUAUUUUCGAAUUUUAUACAAAUGCUAAUCGUUUUCGGAUUACACGUACCACUAUUUCAAUCUUGCACUUUGUUUGUAUUUCCUGCGGUGUGUUACUAUAUGUGCUGGAAUGUUCUGUUUCAAUAGAGUCCAAUAUGAAUUCAGAUCAGUGCCUGAGUCUCGCCAAUAAACGAACAUAGGCUAAAGAACAAAGUCAUUAAACUUUACUCUUUUCUCGUUUCUUUGUUUCGUUAAGUGCGCGUUGCAUUAAUGAUAAAACAUAUGAUAUUUAUUUCCAACACACAAAUAUACAGUAACGCUUGCAGCAAUUCCGCACUGUUUUGCAAUUGACCUAUUCGUUGAGCGAGAAAAACACCAGCUCACCUCUUCUCUGCUAUCCUGAAGGUUUAUUCUAUGUUUAUUAGUGUAAAAAAGCAUUUAUAUAAUCGGUCUUGUAGCUUUGUAUCAGCAAUAUAGUACCAACACUUCCGCAAUUAACUAAUGAGCGAAAGCAAAACGUUUCUGAAAAGUUUUCAAAUAAUUGAGAUGUCUAUUUUCCUAAUAUUUUGUAAAGGAUCCCUGUAGCAGUUCCCACGUUAGUUUCUUAGCGUUAUAUAUCGGUGCAUUUAUAAUGAUAAAUAUUAUACUAAAAUAUUAUAUGCCAUACGAUUUGUCUUCCAAUAACAUUGAUCUUAUUACAAUAGUGUAUUGUAGCUUUUAUUGGCGUCGCGUGUUAUAAUUGAAUGAGGCUUUGGUUGUUGUAUUUUAAUACGGUUGUCAAUUUUGAAGAAACACCAAAUUUGUGAAGAUAUUCAUUAAUUAUAACACGUGCGUAUAGUGCAAAAGUGGUGGUGUUAUUAUUUGGACAAAUUUUAAAUCUUACUUUCAGAACGUAGUAUACUUUAGUAUGUUUGAUAUUAUUUGAACUACUAUUUCUAUUAAAUUCGAUGUUCCAAUAUAUAACAUACACCACUGAUUAGUUGUAAGUGACAUAUCUCAAAAAUUAUUGUAAUUUAGUGCGUUCAUUUAUGAGAUUAUCUUUAUGAAUAAAUGACGUCGA